UUAGGAGCCAGAGCCGUUUGCAUGAGGAGCAAGGCAGCAAGCCUUCGUUCAAGGCGAGGAAGCUUCCUCCCUAUGCCUUAGAAAAAAACGCAAAGUUCAGUACGGUAACGUAAACUUCUUUCUUUCUUUCUCUCUCUAUCUCUGCCUAGUGUCUUCUACUACACCUCCUCUCUCCUCCGCGGCACCGCCUAUAAGAGGCGCAACCAGGGCCACGGCACUCUGGGUUGAGAGAAGGGAGAGAGAGAGAGUUGCCAGUGAACCAGGAUAAGUGAGGAGGAGAUCGGCAAGGAGCGGACGGCCGUGGCGGUAGCCAUGGACGACUCGGCGGAGGUGAAGCUGGUGGACGAGAUCACGGGAGAGGGAGGGGCGGCGGGGGACUGGGGCUACCUGGGCUCCGACGGGAUGGGCUCCGGCUCCUACCCGGCGUUCCCCUUCUCCAGAGACGUCCUAUCCACGCCGACCUCCGCGUCGUUGCUCCUCUCCAUGGACCCCGCGGCGCUCUUCGACUUCAACGGCACCUUCCCUCCCUCCUCCGCGGCCGCGGCCACCGCCGGCUCCUCGCUGUCCGCCUUCCACGACUUCAGCUGCAUCAACCCCUUCGACGACGCCGGCCACUUCCUCGGCGCUCCCCCGCCGGUGCCGGCGGCGGCGGCGCCUCAGCAGCAGGGGCAGAAAGGUGGGUUCUUUGCGCCGCUGCCGGCCUCGGACUUCAACGACGCCGGGAUGAGCUGGGACGACGAGGACGAGAUCGACCAAAGCGUCGACGCCUCCUCGAUGGCCAUCUCGGCCUCCAUGGAGAAUGCUGCGGGCGCGGUGGCGGGGGCAAGUGGCGCCGGCGGUGGCAGCGGGAGAGGCAAGAAGAAAGGGAUGCCGGCCAAGAACCUCAUGGCGGAGCGCCGGCGUCGCAAGAAGCUCAAUGACCGCCUCUACAUGCUGCGCUCGGUGGUGCCGAAGAUCAGCAAGAUGGAUAGGGCUUCUAUCCUUGGCGACGCAAUUGAGUAUCUGAAGGAGCUCCUGCAGAGGAUCAGCGAUCUUCACAAUGAACUUGAGUCAGCUCCGAGCUCUUCGCUUGUUGGACCAACAUCAGCUAGCUUCAACCCAUCAACACCGACAUUGCAGACAUUUCCUGGCCAGGUCAAGGAAGAACUUUGCCCGGGCUCAUUCCCAAGCCCUACUGGACAACAAGCCACAGUCGAAGUCAGGAUGAGGGAAGGGCAUGCAGUCAAUAUCCACAUGUUCUGUGCGCGUAGGCCAGGCAUCCUGCUGUCGACAAUGACGGCCCUCGACAGCCUAGGCCUCGACAUCGAGCAGGCGGUCAUCAGCUGCUUCAAUGGCUUUGCGAUGGACGUGUUCCGAGCUGAGCAGUGCGCGGAUGGUCCUGGAAUGGUGCCUGAAGAAAUUAAGGCCGUGCUGAUGCACACCGCCGGCCUCCACAACGCAAUGUAGCCGGUCCGAAAACGGGCCACCGCCAGGAUGACGACGAUCCUCCUCCUUUCUACUAAGGGCUUCGGUUCGGAAGCGGCAUAAGAUUAAGCUGUGGUGGCCAUUGGUUUUCUGGGGCAAGUGAUGAAUUUUAAGAUGAUGAGGCUCGCCAUCUCGGGCAUGAGGCAUGAGUGAUGAUGUAACUAUGGGAUUCUUUUUUUUCUUCUCAUUAGCCUAAUGUCGGAUUUUCUCCUCUCUGAUACACUUGUGGUGUAAUAGAAUCUAUGCUGCGUGUUGAACAAUAUAUGGUGGUGAAUGGUGAUGCGGUAGCUAGCAUCAAACUCAGUGCCUGUUGGUCAGAGAUCGAUGGUGCAAAGAGAGACGAGUUCAUUCAUCAGCGUCCAGCAAUGAUUUUGACUGGCUAUGGGUCCGUCCGUCCUUGAUUCGAAUCAAAUGAAUUGAAUCCUCUGGCUUCUUGUUAUU